AAUAUAGGAUUCAGUAUGGCAGAACAUAUGGCAUGGUAUUGUAUAAGUGUGAUAAAUGGUUGUAUACCAAUACUUAAAUCUAACAUGCUUCCCUUCAUCCAUACCAUAUGUUCUGCAAAAGUUAUACCAUACUGA